UCCAGGAUCGUCAAGGCAGAACAAGGGCGAGGCGGAGCUAUGGCGUCGGCUGCCGUGAUUCGGCCUCACAGAUGCUCCACGUUCAUACCCGGAAAUCGGCAGGGAGGACGAGCCACCGGUAUCCAGAAGCGUUUGAGCUAUACGCAACAUUUUGUGAAUGCUGCAUUGCAACGUGAUUCACCGGUAGUGGAGGAUAGCAAGAGGAAGAUAGUGACAAAGCAAAUGUCUGCGUCUACGAGUGACUGGAGCAAUGAGUCACUCAAGUCGGAGCUGGGAAACGUUUUGCAAGAGAAGAUUGCUGCGCUGGAGAAACAAAACGUCAAAGACAUCAACAAGAAGGUCCAGAAGAUUGCCGAGUUUGUACUGGAGGAGAUAUCGAGGCGCAGUGCAAAGCUCAAAGACGUGGUGGAAAGGACGUCGGUUGCCGACGCGAAUCUUACUGUGGAGAAGACUGUCAAAGAUGCUGCCAGUGACGCGGCUGUAUCGGUGGCUACGGAGCUCGAAUCUGUAGCAGAUGAGGCUCGAAAGGCGCUAGAGACGGCCAAGGAGUGUGCACAGCGGGCGGAAGAAACUCUAGCACAGAAGCUCCUGCUGCUUGAGAAGGUGCCGAAGCCAGAGCUUCUGCUGUCGACUCUGGAAGAAUCGGUGGCUUCUCUCGAGAAACAACUGGAGAUUGCAAAGGACGAUCUCUCGCGACUCCAAUUUGCUGCCGACGCUGCAAAGUCUCAAGCCGAAGUUGCGGAGGCUCGAGCUGCCAAGGCGGACGUUACUGUUCAGGAGCUCCGUCAGAAAGUCGGGGAUGCUGCUCAAGAGCGCGCUUCCAUGUUUAACGAGGCAGUUGAGUCGCUCAGAGCCACCGCAAGCGCUAGGGAGGAGUCGCUCAAGGUUGCUUUCGAGGCGCAGCUAGCAGCUCUACAAGCAGCCAUGGAGGCGUCCGAGAAAGCCAAGAAAAUUAAAGAGCAAGCGAAUUUGCGAAGGUUUCAAGCUUUCGAGAACGCGCUUGCUGCUUCCGAAGCCUCGCUACUGGCUUGGAAGGAGAGAGCCCUCAAUAGCGAGGGGUUGCUUCAGAGAUCCGAUGCUGAGUGGUCAGUGGUAUUUUCAGAUGGUCGUAUGACGGCACUGCUAGGCGGAGAUAAGAUCGCAGAACUCGUUGAAGGUGGUCCACGAAGGGAGAUACCAGAUUGGAUGAAGAAGAGAAUACAAGCAGCAAUGCAAGGAAUUCCUCCUAGACAUCAGACAACAGUUUCUGCGGAUACAGAGACCUCGAAACCUCUUGAGCUUCCUUCGUUGGAGGAAGUAUGGUCCGUUGCAAAGGCGAAAGUGAAGCAAGAUGACUUGUUUUCCAAGGACGUGGUAGCGAAGGAAACUCUGGACAAACAACGAAGGGACCUGGAGCAGGCUCUUGGUCAAACAACUAUUACAAAGAGGAAAGGAAGAGUGAUAAAAGAAAAGCCUGAAUCAGGGACAGGGUCUGGUCGUGAAAUCGUGUUUCAAGGCUUCAAUUGGGAGAGUUGCCGCAAGAGAUGGUAUCAGGACCUGGCGCCAAAAGCUGCUGAUCUUUCGCAGUCCGGCAUAACAACUGUGUGGUUUCCUCCACCUACAGAAUCCGUCGCUCCACAAGGCUACAUGCCGGUGGAUCUCUACAACCUCAAUUCAGCAUACGGAUCCAUGGACGAGUUAAAACAUUGUAUUCAAGAAAUGCACAAGCACGACCUUUUGGUCUUAGGUGAUGUUGUGUUGAAUCACCGGUGUGCCGGCAAACAAAAUUCAAAUGGCGUCUGGAAUAUUUUUGGAGGAAAGCUUUCUUGGGGACCAGAGGCUAUAGUGAACGAUGAUCCAAACUUUCAAGGGCGAGGAAAUCCUUCUAGCGGUGAUAUUUUCCAUGCUGCUCCCAAUAUUGAUCACUCCCAGGCCUUCGUUCGAAAGGACAUCAAAGAAUACUUGGAUUGGCUGAAAACAGAGAUUGGAUAUGAUGGCUGGCGUUUAGACUUUGUCAGGGGAUUUUGGGGAGGUUACGUGAAAGAAUAUAUUGAAGCCAGUGAACCUGCUUUUGCGAUCGGCGAGUACUGGGACAGUUUGCUGUACGAAGGUGGAAACGUUGCAUAUAACCAGGAUGCUCAUAGACAACGUAUCAUCGAUUGGAUCAAUGCAACUGGAGGAACUUCCUCUGCUUUCGACGUGACAACAAAGGGCAUUCUUCAUGCCGCAUUGCACAACGAGUACUGGAGACUCAUUGAUCCACGACAGAAACCCCCUGGUGUUAUGGGCUGGUGGCCUUCGAGAGCGGUAACAUUCCUUGAGAACCACGACACAGGAUCAACUCAGGGUCAUUGGCCAUUUCCUCGUGACAAACUCCUUCAAGGCUACGCAUACAUACUAACACAUCCUGGAACUCCUGUGAUCUUCUACGAUCACUUUUAUGACUUUGGGCUGCGUGAUCCCAUUGUGGAUCUCAUCGCAGCAAGGAAUCGCACUGGCAUCAACUGCCGGAGUCCUGUAAAAAUCUUCCACGCAAAUAACGAUGGCUACGUUGCGAAAGUUGGGGAGCAGCUGGUGGUGAAACUCGGUCGCUUCGAUUGGAACCCAUCCAAGCAGAACGAUCUCAUUGGAAAUUGGAAACGAAGCGUUGGUCAAGGCAGCGAUUACCAAGUCUGGGAGAAGGAGUAACAAAGAAACAAUGCUAAAUGUACAUACAAUUAUUUUGUAUAAGUAGACAACAUUCUCAGUGGGGAUACAAAACUUUCAAAGCUGUGCUUAGGUACACAAUCAAUUCUAAGAUUACCAGCUAUGAGUC